AUGUGCGACAAGCAGCGCUAUAAAUUAUACAUGAUUGGCGCUGGCAGGUUAAUCUCGCCGGCCUUCCCGGAUCUCGCUGACCUGAACAAGCGAAUGCCAGCUGAAGCCUGCAUGCUGCCAGCCAAGUCCCGCACACCCAGAUACGAGCGCCAACAAGCCCUGCGUCCCAACACCCCUCACACCAUUACCCUGCAGCCCUUCCGGAAUUUGCGCCUUCCCAAAAGACUCCGCCUCAUCUACUUCUUUGCCAGGACGCGACUGGCUCAGAGGAUCAUCAUGACAGGAACUGUGGUCUGGAUUGGAAUCCUGUUGUAUACCGACCCUACCGGCCUUCGCACCUACCUGACUACGGUUCAGGUCACAGAGCAGAGUCCUAUGGGCGAAGCAGGGGUGCCCCCUCUUCCUGUGCCCGUCCUGCCAGCUUCUGACCCCCAGAGCUCACUCUCUAUCUUCCCUACCGGCUCCUCACAACUGCUGGAUAACCAGUCUCAAAGAGACCACCAGGAGGUACUGGAGACCCUCCGAGGGGGAUUGGAGGUAAGCCCCAGAGGCUGGGUAGAAAGCCACCCAAAGGACCAAAGCAAACUCAGACCACAGACUAAGGAGGACCAGGCCUACACGGAGGUGACCUGGGGCCCAGAGGAUCAGGAAACCUGGAGGAAGCUGUCCUUCCGCCACUGGCCUACACUCUUCAGCUACUAUAACAUCACCCUGGCCAAGAAGUACAUCAGCAUCUUACCAAUGAUUCCCAUCACCCUGUACCUCACCCCGGAGGAGGUGUCUGAGGCCCGACACCCACAUGAAGCUCAGAACUCCCACAUCUUCCAACCCCAGCGGGACGGACGUCCAGAGGACGACAAAGCAGUUCCUCCUCCCGGCAAAGCUCAGGGGCACGUAGAUGUCACCUUGUACAAAGUUGCUGCUUUGGGUCUAGCUUCUGGGAUUUUUCUGGUUCUACUUCUCUUCUGUCUGUACCGGCUGCUGUGCCCUAAAAACUAUGGACAGAACGGGCUGUCUCACAACCGGCGUAAGAAGGGGGACCUGCCGUGCGAUGACUACGGUUACUCACCGCCUGAGACCGAAAUCGUGCCACUGGUUCUGAGAGGUCAUCUCAUGGACAUUGAGUGUCUGGCCAGCGACGGUAUGCUGUUAGUGAGCUGCUGUUUGGCCGGUCAGAUCCGCGUGUGGGACGCACAGACUGGAGAUUGUCUCACUGUUAUUCCUAAGCACGGGCUGCGCAGAGACAGUAGUGGCAUCUUUGAGUAUCAGGACACCUGGGACCAGUUAUCAGAUUGUAAAUACAGCCCUGAGGACUCCCUGGAGAACGGCUACCUGCUGAAGAGGAGACCCACCACCGCCCAGCCCCCCCUCUUCUACGACCAGCCAGACCUGUCCAGCUUCAUAGAUUCAAACUUCUCUGAGCAGGUCAGACAGAAGGAUCCCGGGAAUGACCAGCAGGGGGCAGACACUGCCGGAUAUGACUUCAGCAGCCUGGUGCAGUGUGCCUACGAGGAACAUGGGGCUUCCGGCAUGGGCACAUUCUCCCCGGUCUUCUCACCUGCUCCAUAUGGACAUUGCCAGCUUGCUCCAGCAGGACGGAGCAGGUCGCCUGGAAGCCGCGCAGAGGGGGGAUGCGUUUCUGCCAGGAGGAAAAGCUCGGCAGAAGAGCUUGUGUUCUGUAAUGGGACGUCUUCCCCGGUCUCCGGCUGGGCAGAAGACUUUGACAGUUCUGUGUGGAGUUUGGGGCUCCAGGGAAACCUGAUUGUAGCCGGGCGGAGUAAUGGGAAGCUGGAGGUGAGGGAGACACUGACCUGUAUGUACUAGGAAUGUUAUCAGGAA